AAGUAAAAUAAACUGCAACGUGAUAAAUAAGCCAUUUAUUUCAUAAUGAAUGAGCUGAUACAUAAUGGGAUAUGAACUGUUUCAGCUUCCUUACAGUGAUUGCUUCAGCACAUAUUCUCACUUUAUUAAAACGCCAUUCCUGUCCUUCCAUCUUCAUAUAUAUAUAUAUAUAAACCUAGACUAGUGUGAACGAGGAAGAAACAUGAAACUCAUCAUCAAAGCUGAGAAUUUGAUAUGUGUGAAAAGGGAGAUGCAGAAGCAGAAUUUAAAGGUGUGUUGGUGUUGGAGGAGAAUAUUCAAGACAAGGGUAGUCGAGCCACCUCGAGAUGUGGCGAGUGUGUUCCAUCUGUUUGCACCGAACGGAACAAUGACGGUGGAUGAUCUUCUCAAGUUUCUGAUCCGACAUCAAGGUGAAAAGGACGCUACCAAAGAGGACGCUCAGGCCAUUUUGAAUAGUCUCAAGCAUCUCAAUAUCUUCCAUAGGAGGGGCCUCCAUUUAGAAGCCUUCUUUAGAUAUCUCCUUGGUGACAAUAACCUUAUUCAUCCUCCAUCUUCACAGGUGCAUUAUGACAUGAAUGCGCCAUUGUCUCAUUAGUUCUUAUUCACCGACCAUAACUCAUACUUGACUGGGAACCAACUAAGCAGUUCAAACUUCCAGCAGCGUAGAACCGAUUAAAAAUGCUCUGCUUAGAGGUGU